AGUAGUAUUGUAGGGAAUGUCGGACUCCUAUUACGAUAGCGAUUUACUUUGCGAGUACUGCUCGACCAACUUCGACCUUCAAAACCAUGUACCUAAGGUACUGGGCGUGUGUGGCCAUAACCUCUGUGCUGAAUGCAUAGCCUCCUUAGGGGAGACCCGGGGUUUUGGGCGCUUGAUGUGCCCCUUCUGUCGGCAGCCGCAUCGGCCUGGCGAGAUAAGUGUUAACCCGGUGAUUGUCAACUUGCUUCGCUCCGCCGCUGCCGGAAUACUUGGAGACGAUUCCUCCACGACUAAUGGGGUUGGUGGCAGUGCCCCCACAGAGGGAGGCUACAGUAAUAGCGAUGAUGGUGAUGAUGAUUGUGAUGCCCGAAGUGACACCUUCGAUGAGGACGCAAGCUGGAACUACAAGUGGUAUGAGGAGCGAGGGAAGUGGUGGUUCUGUGACUAUAACAAGGAUCGUCGAUGGCAUUACUUUGGUACAUGGGGUGGAAACUGGAAAGACUUGGAGGAGUGGAAGACCGAGUCUGGUCAAGCUCAGAGUACCUUCUAGGAUUCUCCUUUUCCUCAUCAUCACUUGCAUCCUUUCACAAUUAGAUGUUUUCAUCUGUUCACUGCCUCUACAGCUACUUUCCUGAACGCUCUCCACAGCCUAACCGUUCUAUGUAUAAUAAUACCCAUUGCCAUGUACAGAGCACAUUAAUCGUACUAUUAUUUUCACCCUCAAUGAGACUUCAAUUGCAGAGGAGGAAGCCUGCCUCUCGC